GAAGAACCACAGUGCCUGCUGUGGAUGCAGAGGCUUCGUAACUGCUGCCUCCUGUGUUGUUUUUGUAACGCUAGCAGCACCAAAGUAACCUCUCCAGGGUGCAAGCCUGGGCAGUGUGUAUGGAGGUCCUGGGCAGCCCAGAUAACAAGAUCCCCUUCUUGGCCUUGCUGAUGUGGUUCCAAAGGAAAGCAGAGCAAUACAUUUGGCACCCGCUUGGCUGCAGGAGUUGCUGGAAGGAGGCGUACAAGACGCCAGCCGGCUGUCUUAGGACUCCACUCUGGAUUUGUGUAAGGUUUACUCCUUAGCCUUUCCUUCUUCCAAAGGCCAUGGAGUAUCCUAGUGCCUGUUGGUUGAGAAAUCUAAACACUGCAUUUAAGUAGCUAAGGGGGUGAAAUGGGGUGGAGGGAGGGAAGGAUACAGAUAAACAAAUUGCAAGUGGAUACCUUGAUCUUCCCUAAUGGAAACCUUUGUGUUCUCAUUGAUGUACACAUCUGGCUUAUUGAACCCUCUUUGGUCUUUGAGAGAUUGUGUUGAAAUUCAGAUUGAGAACACUCCAGCACCCAAGAUUGUUUUCUCUUUUGUUGCCCAGAGAAGAGAAGAGUUCCCAAUGUGGUGGACCUGGGAAAACCUACCGUCCCACCAUGAUGGCAGUCAGCUUAUGCCAGCACAACAUCACUGUAGUAACAUAGUUGGAAUCCUGCACACGCUGAGCAGGAAAGUUGAGAAGAAGCUUCAGAAUACAGGGACCAUGGCGACUAUGCAAAUUGCUGCCAAUGUCUAUCAGAAUGCUGCUAAUUCAUACCAACCUUGUAGCAGCAUACUACCCACAUUAGACAUUAAUAUAUUUUAUUUUAUUACUUACUACAUUUAAAUCUUACCGUUUACACUCAACAGUGGGAAUGCCAUGACAUCAUCCUACCCUAUCACAGCCACAGUGUCCUCAGGCAGCAAAAGCACAGCAGUAUCUCAGGAAUCCCUACAUUCAGAGACUGAAAUCCCCUAAUACCACUCCAACACACAGACCCCCAAAUGGCCAGCAGUGUGGGAUCUAGUUUCUUGUCCUGGUUCAGAAACUUCAGAUAUGAACAAUUAUUUAAUACUGACUGUACUCUGUCACUCUAUUAGCCAUAUUUAUACUGUACUUUUUAUACUGUACAGUACGCGGGUGGCGCUGUGGGUUAAACCACUGAGCCUAGGACUUGCCGAUCAGAAGGUUGGCGGUUCGAAUCCCCACGACAGGGUGAGCUCCCAUUGCUCAGUCCCAGCUCCUGCCAACCUAGCAGUUUGAAAGCACUUCAAAGUGCAAGUAGAUAAAUAGGUACUGCUACAGCGGGAAGGUAAACAGUGUUUCCGUGUGCUGCUCUGGUUCGCCAGAAGCGGCUUUGUCAUGCUGGCCACAUGACCUGGAAGCUGUACGCCGGCUCCCUCGGCCAAUAACGUGAGAUGAGCGCCACAACCCCAGAGUCGGUCACGACUGGACCUAAUGGUCAGGGGUCCCUUUACCUUUUACCUAUACUGUACUAUUAAGAACGGAGAGCAUUGUAUGGAUGCUGAUUAUUGUCCUAAAUGCCCAAUCUUAAAUAGAUCAGCACAGAAAAAAGUCAUACUGAGUUCAGAACAUGCUUUCACAUAAGCACGCUUAGCAUUUCAACCAUAGCUGUUCUGUUUAGUAGCCUUUUCCUUCAGACUUUCUCCAGUAGUUAUUUUUCCCAUGACAAGAUUGAUAUUUUUUUUAAAAAGGAAAGUUAUAGGACAAGUGUACCAACACUUGAUAUGAAGUGGAAAUUUUAAAACUGCGUUAUAAAUCCCAGAAGCAGUAUGGUUUAUAAUGGGAAAGUUAAAGGGGAAAAUGGAGAGAGUGAAAUAAUGCGUAUAUAACCUUUCCACCUCUUUUUAGUGAGUAGACCAUUUAAACUAAAUUAAGUAAAGGAUGUAAAUUCUGUUGUUUCAGUUUUUAAUACUUCAUGACUGAUUUUAUAGAUAAAAAUUACAUUUAACAAUAAAUAUGAAGAAGAAUUAAUAUGGCCUGUUCUGGUUUGAUAUGGAACAGCAAAUCCCAUUUCUCCUCAGCUGUAAAGAAAAUUCAUUAUUAUGUCUUGGAUUGUAAGAUGGCUUCAUUGUGAUUAGUUACAUUGAUAAUAAAACAACCUUUUAAAAAAUGGUACAGUAUACUGUACAUGGGUUGUCAUGUGUUUAAUGUUUAAUGACACUGAAUUUGUGCAUUUGCUACCCUUUUCACAAAUCUGUUGCCUCCUCCUUGUAUCCGAGCCCAUUUUAAGUCAUGCAAGUUACUUUAAAAAAAGAAAAGAAAUGGCAUCUUAUAUUAAGCAACUAAUAUGGUUUUAGUAGAGGCAGAAUUAAUACUGUGGGCUUAUCUUGAAUGGCUCAAGGGCAGAUGCAGUGCUGGUUUGGGACAAAUGAUGGUUUGCAAAUUGGGAAUCAGCUUUGGGAACAUGUGUGUGACCACCGUCCCUCUCUGCAGCAUGAAUUCCUCCUUCCUUGCCUUGUCGAACCGCAUGCAGAAAUAUGAGAUCUGAAGACAUAUCUGGCUGCAGAGCUCUUUCAGUCUUCCAAGCCUUGGCAUGAGGGCUAGGGAAAAGGGAGAGAAACAGAUUCUCAACCAUAUUAUAUUAUUUCGGCAAAUGAGGAGUGAUGUAACCAUGCUAACUGCAUUUGUGUCUGGCACAAAUGUGCGGCUUCUUAGCCAGAGCCCCUCUCUACCGUUUAAAAGUUGAGACUCAGCCCAGGAGUUCCUCAGAGCUCUCACCUGUAGAGCAGAAUGUGCUCCUUCGGUCUCCCGUGUCUUCUGAGACAUUUCAGGCAAGACCUGACCCUUGGCUGCUUCUGAAGAACCAGGCAGCGAAAGGCUAGAUUGCAAAUGCAAGAAAGGGGAAGGAACCCAAACUGUGGUCAUCAUUGUUCCUUUGGGGAGUUAAAAGUGAAAACCAUUUUGAUUUGAAACUUGCAAACAUGAAUGCUUUGAGUACGAAAGUCUGCAUUACUUAAGCAUGUACAACAGAUUGUGCUUGAAUUGAAUAUAAACAUUAAAUAUGUUUCAUAACACAUUGUGGGAGCAGGCCUGCGUUUUUAAGGUAGCGUUUAGUCAAAACCAUUUCUCUUGUGAUGUAGCAGCAUUUUAGUUUUUGUCCCCUUGUGUAAAAUGGCCACAAGGUGUCAUCAGAAUGCUUUUCUUAUGCUGACUUCUUAUUUCAUGCGGCUUUCCCCCCUUCCCCCCCUCUUCAAACUUUUACAGCUACGCUAAUAGUAAAUCUAAUGUGAAAUACUACCCUUUUUUUUCUUGAGGAUAUUGUGGCAUUAAGCUUCCACUGAAAUGACUUAAAAGAUUAUGGCCUAAUAGCCCAGUGCCUUAGGUGCCUCUGCACCGAAGCAGUUCAUUGCACAGGAGAUAAACUUCCUAGCGCUUGCGUGAGCGGACAACUUCAGCCAUGCUUGAACCCAGCCACAGCCUUAGCUGCUGGAGCUGUCAUCUCUGCUAAACCAAAAGUGCCCAGUAUCUUUUCAAGGAUGCCCUUGUGCUACGCAAGGGAAGUUAAGCUGCUCAGCUUGGUUGGUGCCAGGUUUGAGGGAGCCCCAGGCAAGCAUUUCCCCUACUGGGAAAUGAAGAUAGCAGUGGCGGCAGCAGUUACUUUGCCCAUUGCUUUGCUCUCGUCUGCCUGCAGCCUGGCCUGCAGGAAUGGGUGGAUACACUUGCAGCCCGUGGUGUGGUACCCAGCACAUGGCUUUAGCCACCUGUGCUAGGUUGAUUAUCCCAGGACAUCACUGAGCUGGAACAUAGUACUGCAUCAGGGCAAAACAGCAGCAGGUUUUGCUCAGCGCUUCUCUUCAGCACACCCAGUCCCACCACCAAAAAAAGUUUUAUAUAUACAUAUAUGUCAGCUCCGGUAGGCCAACCAGAGCAUCCUGGCUUUAGCCCCAUCAUGCAAGGUAGCACAGAAGGUGGAAAGGCUGUACUAGCUCCCUUGUGUGCUGGCCUUCACUAAUGAUGGUGGCAUACCUAACAGAAGAGGAAUAAUGAUUACAGACAUAGUACAGCAUUGGUUCGGGGAAUAACACUCCAAUGCGGUUCACAGAGCACCCUUGAUCAAGUGCCCCCACAGCUCUUUUUGCAGCUAAAAGGAUGUGCAGAGUUUUCUAAAUUGAAGCCAGUGCUUAAAAGGGGAGAUCGGUAGUAGGAGACAGCAAGAUGUGUGACUAGAAAACCACCAAGUAAUUUAUCAGAAAACGGAUAAAAAUGCAGGCAGCUGUGUUAGUCCAUUAGAAAUAAUUGAAAGGGCAACAAUAAGUGUAAUACCUUUAGGACUUUUUUAAAAUAAAAAAGUAAGAAGCAGCUCUUCUUCAGAUAGAUCACUACUUGUUUACUACUGUACCUAUAGCCCUACAGCAGAUGAGCUAAAUUGUUUUAUUUAGAAUUGUGCUCUACGCAAUCUUCAUUAAGAAUGGAUGUUGAAAAAAACCAGAAGAACGAUGAAGGUGAUGAGAAUGUACAAAAUGAAUUAGUACAAGAAGCUGCUAGAAACGUGUUAGCUGAAAAAGCUCACAGCGACUCUUUCUCUACCUCAAAAAUAGACACAUUUUCAGCUGAAGGACAGAAAAACCCAGGGGAAAAACAUAAAGAGUGCGCCACAGCCAAACGACCAUUAUCCAAAUCAGCAGUUGAAGACUGUAUGGCAACAAACAUAGUUGAAAACGAACCUGUCUCAAAAAGAUUAAGGCUUACUGUUGUACAACAUGCUGAAGAGAAGGAAGGCAAACUAUCGAAUGUCACAAAGUGUGAAGGUAGUGUUGAUGGGACAAGUAAUACAACAGAUGAAACUAUAAAAGACGAAGCUAUAAGUGCCUGUCAAAGUAGUGAUGCUUUAUGCGUGCAGCAUGAUUUCAAGUCUGAGGACAGUAGUACACAGGAAAUACAUGUGGAAAAUGAGUAUACCCAAGUUGACCAAACACCCCUUCCAGAAUGCACAUCUUCUUUUCAAAACGAUGAAGCCAGUGUUAGCUGUGCAACCAGCUGUGUUGAAAACAUUUCUAAGUGCAAACCCCAUGAGGAGAUUUUUUCCACUUACCCAGAUUUAGAAAAGCACAUUCAAGAAAGCCACCUUCAGCAUUCCAAACAACAGGUGAACCUACACUGUACUGAUAAAUCAGAAUGCACUCCAUCUUUACAAGCACAUAGCAAGCCGACCGCUGGACAGCUUAGAUUGUAUUUUUGCAAUCUCUGUGGUUUUCAGUCUUUCGAGAAAGAUCUUCUACAAGCUCAUUUCCUUGGCAAGACGCACCUCCGCCGGCAAAAUCUUGCUGCCCGGGGAGGAUUUGUCAAGAUACUAACGAAAAAGCCAUUUCAUAAAAAACAGCAGUACCUAGUCAAGGAAAAGAAUGUGCAAGCAAAAUCUGCACUUAAUAAACAAAAAAUAAGGAAUGCAGGUUCAAAUCCGAUAAAAACUUCAAGCAAUAAGCUGAAGAAGUUUAAAACAUCCCACCAACUUUUUGUUGAAAUGGUGUCAUCAAAAAAUAUUUCUGAAGAAACCACAGAGAACACUACCAAUGAAGAAGUCCUUUUCUCCAGUGUGGGUGGAAAUGGUGAUGUCCAUUCUGAAAAGUUAGAAGUGUCAGGGCCCUCCAAAUGUAAUCCAGAUGGAUCAGAACCUGCUGAAGGUAGUCAAGAGACAAUUAGCAGUUUAAACACCACAGGAAUACUCGAUAGAAUUCCCCAUAAAAGAAAUAUCUUCUCCCGAAGAAUAACUUUCAAGCAAAGUGGUUCUUUCAGAUUAAACCAGCAAAUUAAAAAACGCUAUAAUCUUUUGGGAUUAGGUAAGAGAAACAGGCCUGACUCCACCUUAAAACACAGCAUUAGGACAGACUUCAGUCAGGGUGAUACAUCGCAGGUGCCCCUAAAAGUUUUAGAAACUGAAGAGGAUUUGUGCAAAGCUGACACAGGAACACUAUCACUUGAUCCAGAUGGAGCAAAUGCAUGCUCUUCUAUCAACUUGGAACUUGAUAAUUCUCCAAAGAAAGCUGUUGAGGCCCAGAAGAGUCUACAUCCUUGUACUCAUUGUGGAUGUACUUUGCCAAACACAGGUUUGGAAUUGGAUGUUGACGGAGAUAAAGCAGAAGAGCUGAAAUUUCAGUGUCAGACAUGUGGCUAUUCUUGUGGAACCAGGGAAGACUUUGAACUGCACCAUCAAAAAAACAACCAUCGCAUGGGUGAUUGCAAGAUAAAUUGCACUCUGUGUUCAUUUUUUGCCCUGGAUGAGGUAAGCUUUGGGAAGCACAUGCGUGAUGAGCAUGGCAUGUCCCACUGCUGUGUUACCUGCCGUUUGUAUUUUCUAAAUGAAGAAGAAGUUGCAGUUCAUAACACAACUGAACAACAUAUAAGUUUAUCAGCUCAAGGAAAUACGGUUCGCCCAGUUAGCAAUGCGACUCAGCAAACAGCAUCUUGCAUUUUAGUGGAGACAAGUGUUCUUCCAAAGGUUGCAGAAGAAAUGCCCAAGCCCUUGGUGAUACAUCCUGCUAAUGAGUUCAAGGAGUCUGUCCUGAGCAGAACUCAGUUUCAGUGUAAAAAAUGUUUUUAUAAAACAAGGUCUUCCUCAGUUCUUACCAGGCACAUAAAACUUCGGCAUGCUCAGGAAUAUCAUUUCCUUUGCAAAGCAUGCAACCUCUACUCAUUAAGCAAAGAAGGAAUGGAAAAACACAUCAAGAGAAGUAAACACCUUGAAAAUGCCAGAAAAAAUAAUAUUGGCUUACGCUUUGAGGAAUGUAUUGAAAGGGUAUGUGUAGGUGGAAGCGAUGGUAAAAAAGCAACAGAGCCUUCUACUUAUGGCAGUUUAAAGACAGUAUCGGAAAAUGAAAACGUGCCGUUACCCUUCUGUACCCUGGAUAAUGUAUCAAUAAACAAGGAACUGUUUCCAUCAGGUGAAAUGCUGAAAUGUAGUGAGCUGGUUCUGGGUAGCGGGCAAAAGAGAGGAAGGCCGAAAGGCACCAUUUCUCGGACAUGCCCUCAUUGUGGCUUAUUGGCUUCCAGUGUUACAAACCUGACAGUUCACAUUCGACGAAAGCAUAGCCACCAGUACAGCUAUUUAUGUAAAGUAUGCAAUUACUAUACUGUAACAAAAGGCGAUAUGGAACGUCAUUGUGCAACGAAGAAGCAUAAAGGCCGUUUGGAAGCCAAUGGGAAACAAAACAUAGAGAUUAUAGUGUGCCCAGAGGGAGGUAGUGUUGAAGCCAGUAGCAAGAAGAUAAAUAGUCCAGGAGGUGUGAAUGAACUUAUUGACCAUGGCAGUUCACCCUUGGACAAUGCUGCUUUGGAAAGCCAGGGAAAUGAUCAGGGCAAUGCUAUACAAGGAGAAGGUGAAAAUGUGCUUCAGCUUCCUGAAUUGGGUAGAGACCGGAACCCUUCAGAAAUAAAGCAGCAUAUAAUUGCAGAACUAGGUAACGUUAGCCAAGAUAGGGACUCAUUGGCUCAAACAAGAUCAUUAAAUACAAAUGAUAACAAGUGUGCCCAUUGCAGCUUUGUUGCACAUUCAUUUUCUUCUCUGGAAGUACAUAUAAAACGGAAGCACACUAAAGAAUUUGAAUACUAUUGCAUGGCUUGCGACUAUUACGCAGUUACUCGCCGAGAGAUGAUUAGGCAUGCAGCAACAGAGAAGCAUAAAAUAAAAAGGCAAUCUUAUGCAUGCAACACCUCUGGAGAAGAGGCUGAUGUGGCCGAUACUGGCAAGGAGCAGCAACCCACAGAUGAAAUUCAGAUAAUACUGGAUGGAACAAAAUACCAAAACACCGUUGAGGAGAAAUGUCUGGAUGUGCAGGUCACUCAGAAAGUGAAGAAAGCCCUUAAUUAUUUGGUUUCGGAAGACGGUGCCACUUCAGAGGUUCCCAAAGAAGGUUAUGUUGCCAGUACUGUAGAUGUUGAGACAAAUGAUGGAGUUGACCAAGGCAGGGAAGAGGGAGUCAGUGAAGAAAAUGUUCCAAAUGCUGUAAUUGAGGUUUGUGAGGUGGUCACACAUAAAGAAACAGUUCAUUGUGUCCUGCAGGAAAAUGUGGAAGAUCAAAGAACAGUCAAGUCAAAUUUUAAUUUUACCAUAGAAACUGGAAGUAAAAACUUAGCUGUUAGCAAAGAUUCUCCAGAUAUGGAUUUGAUCUCAAAUAAGAACAAGAUGGAAGAAGACUCUGAAGGAGAACUUGAAAGUAUUCCAGUACCUGCUGAAGAAGUGAAAAAUGAAGAAAUUAAGUUGCCUAUCAUUUCAGAAACAUGUUGCACACUAGAGCAACAAACUAUUGAUGAAAAUAUUGAAGGAACUAUGAAAACUAUACAUAGUUUACAGGAACAGAAAAUGACCCAGCAGAGUUCUGCCAUAGAGGAAGAAGGAACUUUGGCAGCUGAACAACAUGAGGUUGAAGUAUCAUUAAACAAUAUUUGGGGUUCAGAGGUCUCAAUAGUUGAAAGCGUUCAAGAAAGUAAUGAGGCAUCAGAUGAGGGCAGAGUGAAGGAGGAGAUGGCAGUGCAAAAUUGUGGCCAGUUUGAUUCCUCUAUAGUAAAAUUAAAAAGCCAUGAAGAUGGUUGUGAGCUAAUUGAUAACAUUGCUGAUGGACAGAACCUGAGUGGGCUGAGAGCUUUGAAAGUGGACGUCCCACAAGGUGGUGGAAAAAAGAAGAAAGCAGAAGGGCAGCUGCUUGGGGAAUCAACGCGCAUUCGCUGUGAUGACUGUGGCUUUUUAGCAGAUGGCUUGAGUGGCCUGAAUGUUCACAUAGCUAUGAAACAUCCUUCAAAAGAGAAACAUUUCCAUUGUUUACUGUGCGGAAAGUCAUUUUAUACCGAAAGUAACCUGCACCAGCAUUUAGCUAGUGCGGGCCACAUGAGAAAUGAACAAGCAAGUGUCGAAGAACUGCCGGAAGGGGGUGCCACUUUUAAAUGUGUUAAGUGCACAGAGCCUUUUGAUUCGGAGCAAAAUUUAUUUCUUCAUAUUAAAGAACAGCAUGAAGAGCUGCUCCGGGAAGUCAAUAAGUACAUUGUUGAAGAUACUGAGCAAAUCAACCGAGAGAGAGAAGAAAAUAAAGGCAAUAUUUGCAAAUAUUGCGGGAAGAUGUGCAGAAGUAGCAAUUCCAUGGCCUUUCUGGCUCACAUUCGAACCCAUACAGGAUCAAAGCCGUUCAAAUGCAAGAUUUGCCACUUUGCAACAGCUCAACUAGGAGAUGCCAGAAACCAUGUCAAGAGGCACCUUGGGAUGAGGGAAUACAAGUGUCAUGUCUGUGGGGUGGCGUUUGUAAUGAAGAAGCACCUAAAUACUCACUUACUUGGAAAACAUGGAGUUGGCACACCAAAAGAAAGGAAAUUUACAUGUCCCUUAUGUGACAGAAGUUUUACAGAGAAGUGGGCAUUGAACAAUCAUAUGAAACUCCACACAGGAGAAAAGCCAUACAAGUGCUCAUGGCCUACAUGCCAUUAUUCCUUCCUCACAGUAUCGGCCAUGAAAGAUCACUAUAGGACUCACACAGGCGAGAAGUCAUUCCUAUGUGACCUUUGUGGCUUUGCUGGCGGGACACGUCAUGCCCUCACCAAGCAUCGGAGGCAGCACACAGACAGCAUGAUGGAAACUUCUAAAAUCAGAAGCCUGUGGCCUCCAGAUGUUACUGGACUUCAACUGCCAUCACCGCAACGGGGAGAGAAACCGUUCAAAUGUGAUGAAUGUAACUUUGCUUCCACAACCCAGUCCCAUCUGACACGGCACAAACGUGUUCAUACUGGAGAGAAACCCUACAGAUGUCCUUGGUGUGACUACAGGUCUAACUGUGCUGAAAAUAUCCGCAAGCAUAUCCUGCAUACAGGCAAACAUGAAGGAGUAAAGAUGUACAACUGUCCCAAGUGUGAAUAUGGCACCAAUAUCCCUGUAGAAUUUCGCAACCACCUGAAAGAAUUGCAUCCUGAUAUUGAGAACCCUGACCUAGCUUACCUGCAUGCUGGCAUAGUUUCUAAGUCAUACGAAUGCCGGUUGAAGGGUCAGGGAGCUACAUUUGUCGAAACCACCAGCCCUUUCACAACUGCAGCCCUGGAUGAAAUUUCUCCAAUUAAAGAUAAGUCCCUUCAUGAUGGCAGAAGACACCUGCAAUCCACUGAACAAGUUCAGCAGGUGAUUAUUAUUCAAGGAUACGACAGCGAUUUUGCAAUUGAUGCCUCAGUGGAGGAAACCGCAGCAGCUACGCUUCAAACUUUGGCAAUGGCUGGCCAAGUGGCACGGGUUGUCCAUAUUACAGAAGAUGGACAAGUUAUAACCACAAGUCAAAAUGGCUCUCAUGUGAGCACCAUGAUUCCAGGGCAAAUACUCACUGAACAACUGUCGGAUGGGAAGACACAAGUGGUGGUUGUUGAAGGCCCUCUAGAAGGAAAUGAUAUUGAAGAUGCUGUUUCGAUAGGAACAGCAUCAGACCCUGAUAAUACCAUGGUGCAACAGAUAAUGAGACGAGAAAUUUUAGAACCACCUGAUGUAACUAGAGUACACCCACCUGAGUCUGCCUCGGCACUAGAUGCCUUGCUUUGUGCUGUAACAGAGCUUGGUAAAGCAGAGAACAAAGCAGAACUCCUUGACAGGGCACAAUUUUGUCACAAAGAAGCAUUACAAACAGACAUUGUUUGUAAUGACACUACAGCACAGGAAACACAAAUGUUCCAUGAAGCUCAAGAGACCGAGGAAGAGCGAGAACCCAUGGAAGUAGUAACGCAGGUUGUGCACCCAUCUACCAUAAUUGCAUCUCAAGAGAGAGCUCAGGUCACCUUCAAGAAGAUGGUUGAGGGAGUGCUCCAGUUUGCUGUGUGUGAUACAGCUGCAGCUGAUCAACUGAUAAAAGAAGGUGUCACUCAGGUUAUUGUGAAUGAGGAAGGAACUGUGCAUAUGGUGGCUAGAGAAGGUUCUCAGAUAAUAAUGCAAGAAGCUGGCAGUCAUGCCCUAAGUGUCAGAAGUGAACACAUGGACCUGGUUGAGUCUGAUGGAGAAAUUUCACAAAUCAUUGUCACAGAGGAAAUCGCUCAAGCCAUGGUUCAAAAUUCUAACACCAAUUUCUCUGAUGGUCCAACCCAUUACAUUGUAACAAGAUUACCACAGGAGAUUGAGGAUGAGUCUGGAGUAUACUCACAUGCUGUGAUAAAGACAGAUGAGCAGCAAGAGAUUGUGCAGACUGGUACUGUUAUAAGUUCCAAUAAUGUAUGUGAUGAAAAUGCUGAACACCUAGCUGGUAUGGUAAUUUUUACAGAAGAUUGCUCACAAACAGCUAUUAUCCAGGGCCAAAGAGAAAACAAUGAACUACAAGAAGCAUGAAAGAACUCUUGUCUUUAUGGGUUUGAUAAAAGACAACAUUGAACAUUUGGUGACAUGAUAUUUCAUGUUUAAUUUGUAAAGCGUUCUUUAAUGGUCUUUGUCCAUCCAGGUACUCAACACAUUUUGUGUGAAGUUAGCAAGAGCAGGUGGGAAUGGUAAACAGAAAGGGAAUUGUCCAUUUUUGCAUAACUGAUGUUGAAAUUUGAGUACAAAUAUUGGCAGGUUUACAAAAUAAAAUUAAAACACCAAAGGUAUCAAUUUAAUUCUCUUCAUUAGUUUGGUUAAUUUUGUUUUCCAGUUCAUUGCAUUAUGACCUAGUAGACUUAAGUCUUUCUUGCAAUUAAUUAUGUUAAAUUUGACUUGUAUGUAUUUGCAUAUGGAGAGCAAACUAACAUACGCGCACCCAUAUUACCUAGUUGAGCCACACAUUGACAAUUUGUAAAUUGAAGUUGGAUUCUACAUUCCAAACCCAGUUACUCCUACUCAAAAUACAGAGUUUCCAAUGAAAUAAUCUCAUGACAUGUUUUUAAUUUACCUUUCUUUGAAUAUAUUAGGCUUUUUAAUUGCUUUCCCCCCCAAUUUGACUUCAGUCAAUCCUCCAACAUCAAAACUUAACUAAAACCUCUGUUGAAGUUUUCACAAAAGAACCUGUUGAUUUAGAAAGGCCUUAAUACCUGUAACUUUUAUAUACAGUAAUGACUUCAUCUGAAAUAUUUAUUCAGGUUUUUUUUUACUAAUAGUAAAUUAUCUACAAUUCACAUAUCUACAAUUCUGCAGUUCAUCUUGUGAAUGACUUUUGGAAACAUUAGAUAAGGUUUCUUCUAUAUAAAAUUCUGCCAUUGACCUUAACAAGUGGGAAAGAGUUGAUCUGGCAUUUAUUUCUGGAUCAGAAUGUUGAUUAUCUAGUUGUGGAUAAGUUCUGAGUUUUCAGUGCAAGCUCCUGUUGAAAAGAUCCAAAUGCUUUUGUUUUGUCUAAGAAAUCAAAACUAUGAUAUGGAUGGGGUUGGGUUGUUUUUUGUUCUUUUUUUCAAUAAAACGAUAGCACUAAAA